AUGCUGCGCCUGGCCGCUCUCUUCCGCUUGGCCGCUCUCGCCGAGAAUGCGCCAAGAGCUCAGCGUGGCGGGAAGGAUGUGAGCCGAAGGCGGAUCGGCGACUGCGACCUGCAGCUCCUGCUGACGCUGCACCGCCAGGUGGAGCCGGUGGUUUCCGAGAUCACGGAGAUCCACUUUAACUUCACCAGCGGGCGUCAUGUCGAGGUGACUGAGAUCAUCUCCAUGUUCCAGGUGGAUCGGAUCUGCCGAAGCGUGAUGUCAGUGGUGGAGUCCUUGCGGCAAACGGUGGGCUGGCUGGUCUGCCCCUUCCACUUCGACGAUCACAGCGAGGAGCUUCCGGAGCACUUGUGGCCCUCCAAGUUCCUACGUCAGUACUUUGCAGAUGUCCGGAUGCUGGCGAGGAGCGGAGGGACGGAAGUCUACACGCCGGAGAUGGUGGACGAGGUCUCCAGCGCCUGGGCGUCGUCCGAGCAGGAGCUCUCAGCGCUGGUCCUCCGCUUAGAGCACUGGAGCCACGAGAGCCGUCGGAACGGCGGUCGCAUGAAGGCUGAGACCUUCAGCUCAGUGGAGGUGCUGAUCCAGCGCUUCAUGGCGAUGGCAGUGGACUUUGUCCGAUCCCUGGCGGAGGAUAUGAACGCCAUGUUCCGGGCCCCGAACUAUGUCUCCCGCGAGAUGACACCGGGAGGUGCCGCCGACACCAUGGAGAGCCGCGACCAGGAGUCGCCAGUGACGGUGGACAUCUUCAGCAAGGACUUGUCGCUGAAGCCGGAGUUUCUGGCUCUGCUCAAGGACCUGCCCACGCCGCUGAUCCAGCCGCCGGGGGCGAUGCCGCAGUCAAGCUCUAUGGCAGUUCCGCAAUCCGGCUCCUAUGUGAUGAGCUCCCCCUACCAGCAGUACCAGCCCCAGUACCAGCCCUAUGCCGCCGCCCCGGCGCCGGUGAACCACGCCCAGGGCAAGUGGUUCGCCCCGGGGGAGGCGCUGCCGCCGGGCUUCGUGGCCAUGGCGCACCCCGAGGGGGUCCUCGAGCCUCAGGCCCACCACGCCGUGUCCGAGGCGGUGAAGGCGGCCAAGGGCAUGGCCACAGAUACCAUGGACGCUGCCGUGAAGGCUGGAAGCUCCAUGGUGAGCAGCAAGAAGAAGAGCAAGAAGAAGAAGAGCUCCGGCUGCUGCUGA